AUGCCGACCACCGAGGUUGUGCAGCUUGUGGAAGAGUGCAGUGCAGCUAUACUCAAUCCUCUCCCGGAGAAGAAGAAGGACCCAGGAUGCCCCACCAUCACUUGUUCAAUCGGAGCUCAACAUUUUAAGCAUGCUCUUUAUGAUCUGGGGGCAAGCGUCAAUGUCAUGCCAAACGUAGUUUAUGAUAAAUUUAACCAUCAUGCGCUUGCUCCUACUGCUAUGUGUUUGAAGCUAGCGAAUCAAUCGGUUCGUUACCCCACCGGAAUUGCUAAGAAUAUUCCAGUGAAAAUACGGAACUUCUUCAUCCCCGUUGAUUUUGUCAUCCUCGACAUGGAAGUCGACACCAAGACCCCUCUCAUAUUGAGAAGGCCGUUCUUGAGCACGGCAAAUGCACACAUUGAUGUGGGAGCUGGAGAAAUCCAGCUCAACAUCAAUGGGUAG